ACACCCCGACAUUUCAACAACAAGACAGGAGAGCUGAGCUUUGGGACGAAGAGGCGACGACAGCAGACAGCAGACACCAGACAGCAGUAAUCCACCAGAAGUGUCACCACAGAAGAAUUUCCAUCAGUAUAAUUGGACCCAUGUUGUAGAGAAGGAACCACAUCCUCCCAUCAACCUCCAGCAGCAGGGAUUAUUUCAGGUGUUUUAUUUAAUUUAAUCUGAGUGCAGAAUGGAGAGGUUUUGAGGAAGACUUCCUCAGGUGAGUCCUGAGUUGCGACACUAAGUUCUUCAGAGACCACCCUUGGUUAGUAAUAUGAGCCAUGGACUCUGGGGCAGUUGAUAGUCCUGUUACCCUGGUCAUCAAGGCCCCCAACCAGAAGUAUGAAGACCAGACCAUUAACUGCUUCCUCAACUGGACCGUGGAGAGGCUGAAGACUCACAUCUCCAACGUUUACCCCAGCAAGCCGCUGUCCAAAGACCAGCGGCUGGUUUACUCAGGGAGGCUCCUUCAAGACCACCUGCAGCUCAGAGAUGUGCUUAGAAAGCAGGAUGAAUACCACAUGAUGCAUUUAGUGUGUACCUCUCACAGUCCCCCCGGCUCGCCUAUGUCCCGGAGCCCCUCCAUGGCCAACACUGCAGCUUCUGACUCCAGCAGUUCAGACAGUGCAGGCUCAGCGUCUCCUGCCGCCACACCAAAUCAGGACAACCAGCCAGGCUCUUCCUCCUCCUCAUCUUCUUCUGUGCCAGGAAGUUAUGAUGGGUUGAGGUAUCGUAGCGGCUUCCCCCAGUACAACCCUCAGAGCCCCCCCGGAGUCCCUCAGUGGCCAGACGGAGCCCAGGUCCCUUUACAAGGCGGCCUCCCGGCCAACAUGCCCCCCCACCCCAUGUACAUGCCCAUGCAGAUGCUGUGGUGGCAGCAGAUGUAUGCGCGCCACUACUACAUGCAAUAUCAAGCAGCAGUCGCUGCCUCUCAGCCUCCCAGCACCUCCCCUCCAUCCUCCCCCUCCCCGUCGCCCCUUCAGCCCGCCCAGCCCAACGAAGGGGUGCAACCUCCGCUGGGGCCCAACCCGGCACCCAACCCUUUACCGGAGAACCAGCCGGCCAACCCCAACAUCCAGAUGAACGCGCAGGGCGGGGCGGUGAUGAACGAGGACGAGCUGAACCGGGAUUGGCUGGACUGGCUGUACACGUUGUCGCGGGCCGGCGUCCUGCUCAGUAUCGUCUACUUCUACUCCUCUUUUAGCCGCUUUGUCAUGGUGGUCGGCGCCAUGCUGCUCGUCUACUUGCACCAGGCUGGUUGGUUUCCCUUCAGGCCGGAGCAGCAGAACUUCAGAGAAGGAGAAAGACCCGGAGCUCCUCAGGAAGAAGCGGAGAGGCACCAGGACAUACAGGAAAUGGAGCGUCUGAUGGACGAGGGGAUAGACAACGAUGACAGCGGUGAAGAAGGAGGAGGAGGCCCGGACGACCAGGCCCAGGCUGCUGCUGCUGCUCCUGCUGCUGUUCUCCCCGAGCCAAACUUCCUUACUACCGCGUGGUCCUUCAUCAGCACUUUCUUCACCUCUCUUAUCCCUGAGGGACGGCCACAACCGGCUAACUAGGCAGCCUCCCCUACCACUCAAAUACCCCUCCUCCUCCUCCUCCUCCUCCUCUUCUUAUUACUCCUCCUUCCAGCAAGUACCAGUCUACAGAAGUAUCGCAAUUGCUACCUUCUUCUUAGCUGCCCUAAUUACCCAGAAAACCACCUUCAUACAGUCAAAUAUUCAUUUACAGACCGCCCAAUCCAAACCUCCUACAAGCUGCCAACAAACAGACAUUUAUUUUAAACAGGCUACUCCGACGUUUAAGAGAUGCAGUUUGCCUCUCUGACGCAGGAUUAGGAGAAUAAAUGAACAUUUAGAAAAUAAAUAUCAUUCUGUGUUAAUGGAGUAAAUGCUUCAGCAGUGAUUUUUUCUUUUUUUUUUUUAAAUUUCUUUCAUCGGUUGUGAAUUCAUUGAGACGUGACGAAGAGACUCUGGAGGGAACUGUCUUCCAUUUUAAGCAGUGAUAAGCUCGUUUUUUUUGGGAAACUUUUAAAUGAGGGAUGUGAUCCAGAUCACACACAACAACAACAACAAAAAAGAAAGAAAAGAUAUCAGGAUUCUUCUUAUAAUGAGAGGAAGACGUGUGUCCUACAAACCAUGAAAGCCCUGGUGACAUUUUCAUGUACGCACACGAUGUGCAUAAAGACACUGCAGCCACUAAGCACAUUGUUUUUCCCACUUUGUGUAUUUGAACAUUAUCUAUUUACACAUGUAAGUAUAUGCAUCUUUAAUUCCUGAAUAUAUUGCUUUUUUUUGAAUAAAAAUCUCUCUG